AGGAUUCAUUUCCGGGUGGCGCGGGCGCCAUUUUGUGAGGAAGGCUAUAAAUGAACGCUGGGGCCGGACGCCAGCCCAGUUGUUUCUGUGGUGGAGGGCCUUGCUUGUGUGUUCCGGUCCUCUGCUCGGCUUUCCCAAACGUUUCCACGCGGGCGCCAACUGCCAGCGGAGAGGCGCGGCGUCGAGCCGAGCUAGGCUGAGGAAACCGCCGCCGCCGCCGCCGCCGCGCGCGCCCGCCCAGAGCGUUAGUUGGUCGACGCGCAGCCGCGGGCCCAGGGCCGAGUCUCCAGGGCCAUGAGUUACGGCCGCCCGCCUCCCGAUGUGGAGGGCAUGACCUCCCUCAAGGUGGACAACCUGACCUACCGCACCUCGCCCGACACCCUGAGGCGCGUCUUCGAGAAGUACGGGCGCGUCGGCGACGUGUACAUCCCGCGGGACCGCUACACCAAGGAGUCCCGCGGCUUCGCCUUCGUGCGCUUCCACGACAAGCGCGACGCCGAGGACGCCAUGGACGCCAUGGACGGCGCCGUGCUGGACGGCCGCGAGCUGCGCGUGCAGAUGGCGCGCUACGGCCGCCCGCCGGACUCGCACCACAGCCGCCGCGGCCCGCCUCCCCGCAGGUACGGGGGCGGCGGCUACGGACGCCGCAGCCGCAGGUAACGGGCCGGCCGGGCGGCGGGCGGGCGGGCGGGGCCGGGA